AGUCAGAAGACCAGAAACUCUGCCGGGUAUGCUGAAUAUUGAAGCUGAGGUUGGAUCAUACCACACAUGGAGCUUGUUCCCAGAUUACUAAAAGAGACUUUCUGCUGCUCUAGAGGAAUAUGGGGAGAGUACAACAAUGAAUCUGGACAUUCACUACAGAAUUUUUGAAAACUACCUUUUGAAAAGAGGUUAAGUCAACAGUUUACUUCAGUUGAAGACUACACUGGAUUAGAGAUGACUGGAGCCCUGCAUACUGGACUCAUACUCUUCUUAUUUGUGGUGGUGUGUGAGAGUGAGCCAACACAUAGUGGGCCAGACAGAGUGGGGGAUUCACAUGAACAAUCCAGACUGGUGCAUCUAACCUCUCACUGGGCAUUCCAGCUGGUUAAUGACUCCAUGGCCUUCUCCAGGGCUGACAGAUUCUGCAGAGGCCAGUUUAGCUAUCUUGCGACUGUGGAACAGUUAGAGAAUGAGGAGGGAGCCUUGGAGCUGCUUCAGCAGACUGGACAUCACUCACCUAUCUGGGUCAGGGAUCCCAGCAAACCAACCUCCAAGCCUUUGGCCCUCUCCAAACAGUAUUUACAGUUCUCAGCUCUGAACUUUCCGAAGGAAUCACGUGAGGGAUUUGCACGUGUCAGCAUGUCCUUUCCCCCCCUGUCAUCUGUCAGUGUGUGUGUUCGAGUUCAGUGGAACCCAGAGUGGAAUGAGGUGUCCACCAUCUUCUCCUAUGCUGCACCUGUCUUUACCAAUGAGUUCCAGCUGAGAGGCCAAAUGGACAAGCAGGGACGCAUCCUCCUGGCGCUUAUCAUCCAUGGAAAACAUCUGCCCUAUAAGGCAUCCUUUCCCAAUGAUGGACUUUGGCAUCACAUCUGUGUCAUGUGGCACCAGAGCAGCACCCACUGGGCUAUCUAUGUGGAUGGGGACAGGAAGGACUCAGGCUCAGGCACAGACACUUCCAGGAAUAUCUAUGGUGAUGGGAUACUGAUUCUGGGUCAAGACCAAGAUUCAUUUGGAGGGAAUUUCACAGAACCCUUUAUUGGAAAUAUCACUGACUUGAAUGUUUGGAAUAUGUCUCUGGAAACAAGGCAUAUCCGUGCCCUCAAUGCAUGUUCACCAGUGAACAAGGAUGUGCUUUUCAGUUGGAAUCUUGACCACCUUACCAGCCAUCCAGUCGUCAAAGAGGUGGAGGUCCUUCUGUUUUGCCCAGCAGUGCACCAGCAGAUGGAGCUGCAAGGCUGCAGGAUGCUGCAGAGCUGGUCAGAUCAGCUCCCACUGUUCGGCUUGACAGACUGCUCUGAUGCACUGCCCUUCAUCUGCAGGAGCAGCAGAGAGCGUUACCUGAAGAUGAAGCAGAUGACUGAUUCCCAGAACUCCCAGCCCACUGCUUUUAUGAACCACCUGAUGAAGUACUCUAACAAAACUCAGGAAGUGUUGGGGCAGCAGCCAUCAGAGCUGAGCAGCCUGGCGCAGGCAUCUGCCCUGCUCGACAUUUCUGUCCAGGCGCUGGAGGACACACAGCAGGAGGGACUGCAGCCAACAGACAUGGUGUCCCUUAUCCAGCUGCUGUCUCUAACUGCUGACGUCCCCACACAGCCACUUCCUGAUGCCACCAACCACAGCCAGGACACCAUCCAGGAGAUUAGCCAGCACUUCAUCAGUGUGGCUGACAGCAUCAUCAGUGAAGACAACGCCCUCAAGUGGCAAUCUAUCAAAGAGGUGGUAAACGGCCCGAUGGAUGUUGUCAAAAGUAUUGACCGGAUGGUGACCAGCCUGAGCCCCCGCUUGAUGGCAGAGACUGAUCACCUGACCAUUCACAGACCCAAUAUCAAAGUGGAAGUGCAGCAGCAGAGGCUGCAGGAAGGACCCAGAGGAUCGAGCUUCUGUGGGCCUGAGACAGAGAAACACAUCAACCGAGACUGUAUAUCAGUUCCACAUCAGAUGAUACAGGAUCUCCAUAACAACGGCUUCCAUAAACUCACGUUGGUCAACACGUGGUACGGAUCUCUGCGGCCUCUUUUCAAUCCUGAGGACAACAUCACCAUGGUUCCUACCGUCACUGAUGGCAGCCAGAGGUAUCUGGGCACCGUCCUGGGCUCUUCUGUCAUAUCCACCACAGUGCUGGGUGACAACCAGCCAGUCAGCACAGCAGUUCGCUUCCAGCUCCGGCACAGAGUACAGAAUCCCACUGGUACUGUGUAUGAUCCAGUGUGCGCCUUCUGGGAUUUUGAUCUUACUCCGGAGUCUGGUGGGUGGUGGAAUACCAAAGGCUGUGAUGUAGUGUCCAAACAAUAUGGUUACACUGUGUGCUACUGCAACCACACCACAAAUUUUGCACUGCUGCUGCAGGUUUAUGAAGCCCAGAGGAGCCCAGAGAACGAAAAAGCUCUGCAGGUGCUGACGUUCAUCGGCUGUGGAGUGUCUCUGUGUGGCCUCCUCUUCACCUUCAUCCUCUUCAUCGCUGUGGGUGUCCCCAAAUCAGACCGUACGACCGUCCAUAAGAACCUGAUUGUUGCUCUGGGCAUCGCUGAGCUGUUGUUGAUGUGCAGUGACUUGGUGUCAGCCAAUGAGGCAACAUGUUUCGUGGUGACUGCACUACUCCACCUCUUCUUCAUGGCCUCCUUCUCCUGGAUGCUGGUGGAGGGCCUGCUGCUCUGGAGCAAAGUUGUGUCUGUCAACAUCAGUGAGGACCGCAGGAUGAAGCUCUACUACAUCAUUGGCUGGGGACUACCUGUUCUAAUAGUUGGUGUAACAUUGGCAGUAUCAAUGGAUGAUUACAAGGCAGAUGAUCACUGCUGGCUUAAUGUGAAAACAGACACGAUCUGGGCCUUUGUGGGACCUGUUAUAUUUGUCUUGGCGGUCAAUGCAGUCGUGCUGUGUCGGGUUGUCAUGGUGACUGUUUCCAGUGCUCGUCGUCGUGCUAAGAUGCUCAGUCCAAGCUCAGCAUCAAAGAUGCAGACCUUUGACCUCACCUGGGCUGUGACCCGUCCAGUUCUCAUCCUGCUACCAGUGCUCGGUCUGACCUGGCUGUGUGGAGUUCUGGUCCAUCUUUCUGUAGUACUAGCCUAUGUCUUCAUCGCUCUCAAUGCUCUCCAGGGCCUGUAUAUUUUCUUAGUGUAUGCUGUUUACAACAGUGAGGUGAGGAAUGCCAUAAAGAGGAUCAAAGAAAAGAGAAAGGCCUUAUCUUUCACGAACUGUUCUCAGCCAACCAGCUUCUUACCUUCUCAGAGGGCCCCGAUUACAUCCUGGGGUGGCAGUCCACUGACGCCCUCCAGCCCAGAGACCAGUGAGACCUCUGGACCCCCCAGCUCCACCUCCAUGUCACUGGUCAUAAAGAACGAGAGCUUCAGAAAGGAAAACUUUGUGAAUUUUUCUUUAAAACCAGCAUCAGGAAAUCAAGUGGUCCAGCUGACUGGGUUCAAACCAUCAGGUUGUUGAACUAUGGAUGGAGUGGAUCCUGAUACUCAAUUACAAUAAGCAUGCAGCAAUCUGAAAGAAUGGAGAACUGGACACACACAACCCAUCUGAAAAAGUUCACUGCCACAAACACACUCUACUGGGAGGUGGAAUACAAUAAUCAUGAAGGCAGGAUUUGAUGUUUUUUAAGUUACCAACAAAAUGAGAACUGGACAAGUUUUAGGAGAUGUUGCUGACUAUCUGGCAGCCAUGUUAGAAUAUGGCUGUGUCCUCAGUCCACCCAAAUAACCCUCCCUGAAUAUUUUGUUUUUACAUUGGAGCAGAUUUGUUUUUCUUUUGUGGUGUUGUCAUAGCGUCAGAAAAUAAAAUUAAAAAAACAGAAGCAAUGUCAUGGUUACUUCACAGGCUUCACUGUGCCCAAUGAUUAUUAUGAACGUACAAUCGAGGUCAGAUACUUCGAUGAAAACUAAAGACAGUUGUCUUGUUUUCAGGACAUUGUAUCAGUGAACCAACCCUUCUUUUGAUUUUAUAAGAAGCAACGUAUUUGUUUUCACUUUUUAAUAUUACUUGCAAAUAUAUUUGCCAGCUGUUAGAUUGUUUUUGACUACUUGACCCUUCAUGAUGGUGUCUUUUUUUGUGGAUGCUACAAACAGUUACAAUUCCUUUAAUUUCCAUAAAAUGUCAUGUAUAAAUAAUGUUGUUUGAAUAUUAAUGCUUGGCUUCAUUUCUACAAUUCAGUAGUAAUUCAAAUUUACCACAAAGAACAAAGGCCCAUGGCCCACAUUAUGGCAGUAUAUUCAUGACUUGUUGUUUUCUAGUUACAACAGUUUCACAUUUUCAGUGUGGACGACCAAGUUUGACAGUGCCUUCCUGUAAAGUGUGUUGGAAUAAAUGAUUACAUAAGGCAUUCAUUAAGAAUGGACCAUUGCAGCUCAACAGACGUGGAGCUGUAAAACAUCAGCACACAGCAGUGUGAUGCACAGAUGUUUGUGUUUACAUCCCAGAGAUAUUGUCAUGUAUAUAUUUAUCAAUGGUUUGGUUAACAACCUUAAUUACAAAAAGGUUAUGAUGCUGUCUAAUGUGAGAUCAUUUGCUUAAUCGUUGUUUACUAAUAAUCAGUUGAAAACUGUACAAACACAAUUUAUUUAAUGUUCAAACUGAUAAACUAUAUUGUUUAUUAUCCCAUAUAGUAAUGUCCAUUUAUACAGUCAUGAUGGUUUUUAAUGAAGUGAGGGGCCGAGGGCCAUCGGCAUCAAGUGUUAAAAAGUGUGUCUGUAUUUUCACUGUACUGUAUUUUAUUGUGAAGGACAGAAGUACAGUCCCGGGUGUGUUGACAACUAUGGUUGAUGACACUAAUAUUUAUUUGGUUUACCCAGAAACCUCCAAUUUCCCACCAAAAAUACGAGAAUCCAUUGUUUUACAUUGAGGAGAUGGAAGUGACAGAUUUGUGACAAAGAUAGCGCACAAACCAGAUGGACAUGUUCCCAGCAGUGAUGCAACUCUGCUGACGUGGCUGACUCAAUUCAAGGUACAGAGGUACAAAGAAAAGUGGUCAUAUGACACAUCAAAUUACUUUUUCCCCAACAGAAACAUAACACGAUCAUUUAUAUUAGUAGUUAAAAGCCUGCUGACCAGUGAUACAGUGUUGUUAAAUGCAGAGAUUCCUCUGAUUCUCUGAAUCUUUUAAUGGUGUUAUGGAUUGUAAAUGGAGAAAUCCCUAAAUUCCAUGCAAUUGUGCGCUUAAAAUGUGUUCUUUUUCCCCCCAUGUAAUAUCAACUAGCUGCUAGCUAGCUAACAUUAGCUACUUCCCUCUAGUAGUUCCAGCUGCAACACUCUUCAAAAAAAUAAUUAAUUGUUACUCAAACCUGUCCAAAAACACUGUUUUAUCGAAGCAUCAACAUAAGAUAACCGUAGUUUGAGGAUAUGAUCUUAAAAAAAAAAAUAAAAUGUUCGGGGGUAAUUAAAAACCAUCCAGGGCUUUAGCCCUGAAUGUUUUAGCCUAGGGACGCCACUGCUGUUUAACUGUGGAACGUUACUAACAUGUCCCAACUUUUUUGAGUGUGUUGCUGACAUCAAAUUCAGAACAAGCAUAUAGUCACAAAAUUCCAUGCUGUUGAUAAGGUAAAAUAUAUAAAUAUAUUAUUAUUAUUAUUAUUAUUAUUAUUAUUAUUAUUAUUAUUAUUAAUAAACCAUUUUUAAUUUAAUACAUGUCAAAAAAGAUUUAGCAAAAAGUAUAAUUUCCUUUUUAUUUACAUUUUACACAGUGUCCCAACUUUUUUAUAAUCUGUGUUGUAUACCAAUAUCCUGCUGCUGGUGGGAAUACAGUGUUUAGUUUUCUUCAGAAGGCAGACUCUCAAAGGCUCAUUAUGCUGUACAAGAUAAUCAACUUCACUCAUAGUGACCGCAGUUACUUCCUCUUGACAACCGCAGUUUUGGCAAAUAGGCAAUCAAUUGCAGCGGGGCCACAGGUAACCCCCCACUUGGCAACAAAUAUAUCCAGUUUCAUUGCCAAAAGCUGUGGGCAUGCAUAUUGUUGUUUUCCCACACUGUGUGUACUUGACAUUGUGAAGGUGAGAUAUCCCCACACAGCAGCCUCUUGAGCCAAGGGCAAUAAGAUACCGUUUUAAAACCAUUCAGCCACCCACGUUAUGUUGUGAAAUCAUGAUAAAUUAAUGAUCAUUUUCAGCACGCACUUUUUCUGCUGCCAGCAUGUGGAGCUUUGUCCAAAACGACCCCUGGCAUGUAGUCGUCAGACAUCAUGGUGUAUCCUUCAACAUGUUCGACAUGUUCUACACUUUUUGUAGUUGGCCAUUUGAGGAAUAAAUUAAUUUCCCUCUUAAGACUUUUAUUCCACCAUGAUAUGCAAUCAGUCCUCAAAUACGUGAGAAUUUAGAUUAUUAAGACAUUUUAUACUAUACUGGGGAAAUUACAGAUCUCACAGUGAGGCUGAUAACUAUUCUAAAAAGACAUUGAAUAAUGGCUUUCCCGAACUGAUUUGUUUCUAAGACUGAUGUUUAAUGUUUUAGGAUGUAACUGGUGUGAAUAAUGUUUUAAGUGUUUUAAGUCAAACAAGGCUAUGUAACAGCCACACUAUGACUGCUGCAAUGAAUCUUGUGAAUAUGAGCUCUGUAUUAUUUGUGCAUAUUUGAUGAAUGUUGUGAAAUAAUAGUUGACACAUAAGUGGAGCUUUACUUCACUGAAAUUUAUUGUUUUGAUGCUAUUACAAUAAAAUAUAUUUAAAGAAA